CUGAGUUUGCAGUUGAGGUGGUCAUUUUGCCUUUUGCCCAGUCGAUGACGAGCAGCAGCAACGUGCACCUGACGCCAGGGGCCAUGUCCCUCAAGAGUCCCAACCUCUUCCAGUACGAAGCCGAGAAGAAGAGCUACGAGUUCUUCUACCCGUCGCCGCACUCGGCCGCGCGCCGAGCGACCGCGAAGAGCUCCAUCAUGAACCUCGUCACGACCUUGAUUGGCGGCGGCGUGCUCUUGCUGCCGUACACGAUCGCGCGCUCCGGCAUCGUCCUCGGCUGCAUCAUGAUGUUCUUCUGCGCCAUGGGCUCGAGCUUCACGUCGUACAUCCUCGUGAGCUGCUCACGCCGGUCAGGCGCGCAGUCGUACGAAGAGAUCGCCAAGAACGCGUUCGGGAAGCGCAUGCAGGUCUUUACGAUGGUGCUGCUCAUCCUCCUCAUCUUCCUCGCGUUUGUCGGGUAUGUGAUUCUCGUUCGGGACAUUGCCGGGUCGCUCGCGUCCCAGUUCAUCUUUGGCCGCACGCUCUCGGUCCACGACAUGAACCUCGUCGCGAUGGGCCUCAUUGGUCUCGUCUCGCCGCUCCUCUUCCUCCAGAGCAUGAACUCGCUCCGGUACACGUCCAUUCUCGGCCUCUGCACGGUCGGCGUCUUUGCGAUUGGCAUCUUUUACCGGUCGAUCGAGAAGAUCAACUCGCCCGCGUUUGACGCCUCGACGCUCAAGUACGCGGCCGACAACGUCGAAGAUCCCAUGUACGCGCUGCCCAUUGUCAUCUCGUCCUUCUUGUGCCACUUCAACGUGCUGCCCGUGUACGGCGAGCUCCACAAGCCGACGCGCCGCCGUCUCAAGCGCGUGGUUGUCACGACCGUCUUCUCGACCUCGUUUUUCUACAUGGUCAUCGGGACGCUGGGCUACAUUUACGCGUACGAGCAGGUCGGCGGCGUCCAAGGCGACAUCCUCAACAACUUUGACCAAGACGACGUGGUCAUGAACAUUGGCCGGUGCGGCAUUCUGACGACGAUCUGCUUUUCGCUGCCGCUGCUGAUUUUGCCGUGCCGCCGGACCCUCUACCGCCUCAUUCAAGUCGCGCGCGAGUCGGUCAACGAGCACAACGAGAACCAGCCGCUGCUUUCAACGCCGGCCGACGACACGACUGAGAAGCCGAUCCCGCUCCUGCCGCAUGUCACGAUGACCCUUGUGCUGGUCGCGAUGGCCUUUUACUUGGCGUUCUCGCUGCCUGGCGUCGCGGUCGUCUGGAACAUCAUGGGCUCGACGGUCGGCAUCCUCAUCUCGUAUGUGCUGCCGAGCGUCUGCUACAUCCGCAUCCGGUCCGAGAAGCCCAACUCGGACUGGCGCAAGCGCGGCGCGUGGAUCCUCCUCAUCGUUUCCGGCUCGCUCUUUGUCUACUGCUCGACGACGGCCAUCUACAAGGUCACUUUGCUCAUCUUUAGCUAAUCGCACAAGUCGACUAAACUACUACGAAUUACACUAACUUUGCACUCGCGUC